CCGUGGCGCUCGCCCUGCACGGAGCCGGGGGCAGGACCCUCGCCGGCCGGCGGGCCCAGCAUGGAGCGGCCGAGCAAGAUGGACUUCUUCCAGAAGCUGGGCUACGGCCGCGAGGACGUGCUCAGGGUGCUGGGCAAGCUGGGCGAGGGCGCCCUGGUCAACGACGUGCUGCAGGAGCUGAUCCGCACCGGCAGCCGCCCCGGGGCCCCGCAGGCCCAGGCCGCGCCCCAGCUCGUGCCCCGCGGCUCCUGCGGGCUCCGGGACUCGGCCGGGCGCGGCCUGGGGGCAGCCCCCGAAGAGGACUGCGGAGGCCCCGCCAGCUCCCUGCGACCCAUAGUGAUUGAUGGCAGCAACGUGGCGAUGAGCCAUGGAAAUAAAGAAAUCUUCUCUUGCCGGGGGAUCCAGCUGGCUGUGGACUGGUUCAGGGACAGAGGACACACCUACAUCAAGGUUUUUGUCCCAUCCUGGAGGAAAGAACCACCAAGAGCUGAUAGCCCUAUUCGAGAGCAGCACGUGCUGGAGCAGCUGGAGCGGCAGGCGGUGCUCGUGUACACCCCGUCCCGCAAGGUGCACGGCAAGCGGCUGGUCUGCUACGACGACCGCUACAUUGUGAAGGUGGCCUACGAGCAGGACGGCGUCAUCGUCUCCAACGACAACUACCGGGACCUGCAGAGCGAGAACCCCGAGUGGAAGUGGUUCAUCGAGCAGAGGCUGCUCAUGUUCUCCUUCGUCAACGACCGGUUCAUGCCUCCCGAUGACCCCCUGGGCCGACACGGACCCACCCUGAGCAAUUUCCUGAGCCGGAAGCCAAAGCCUCCAGAGCCAUCUUGGCAGCACUGCCCCUAUGGCAAGAAGUGCACCUACGGCAUCAAGUGCAAGUUCUACCACCCAGAGAGGCCGCACCACACGCAGCUGGCAGUGGCCGACGAGCUCCGCGCCCAAACACGGGCCCGGCCGGGCGCCGAGGAGCAGCGGCCACCACCGAGCACCCGGGGCGGCCCCGCGGGAGCCCGGUCGGCCCCCCGGGAGCCAGGUGUACGCAGCCUCCCGCCCGCGCCGCAGCCGGCGGACCUGGCCGCCCUGCGAGGGAGCUUCUCCCGGCUGGCCUUCAGUGACGACCCGGGGUCCCUCGGGCCGCGCCCUCCCGGCCCCGCCUGCGGCCUGGCGCCCGGGCUGCGCGGGCCCGACUGGGUGUCCACCGGCGGACCGGCGCCCCUGCCUUCGCCAUCGCCGCGGGCGGGCAGCGCUGCCACCUCUGGCCCGCCCGGCCUCCCGCCCCUACCCGGGCCGCAGCUCCAGCCGCGGGGCGGUCACCGGCCCAGGGACCUGCACGGCGACCUGCUUCUCCAGCACAGGCCGCCCGACGACCCGUGGGCCCAUCCCCGGGGCUCCGACCGCUUUCCGAGCCGCUCGGCCUGGGUGGAGCCGGCCUGGGGCGACGGCGCCUUUGGGAGACCUUCGGGGUACGCAGCCGCGGACGGCGAGGGGGACGCGCGCGCCCGGGCGCGAACUGCGCUCUGCAGCGUCUUUCCGCCGGAGCAGGUGGACCGCGUGAUGGCCGAGUCCCCCGACCUCUCCGACCUCGCCCGGCUCAUCCUCCUCCUCGUGCAGAGAUGCCCAAGGGCCGGGGCGCCGCUGGGGAACCCCUAA